UGUGGGUUAAAGCUAAGUGGAAAAAUCAAAGAAGACAGAGCUAGUUAAUUCUUCCAAGCUUUAUACCGUUCUAAAAUGCUGAUGAUUUUUGCUGAUUGGUACUUUGAGUCUGUGUGGAAACUAGUGAUAUGCUGGCUUGUUUAUAAGGUUUCUAAAGUUUAAAGUUGUGACCACCUGUUCUCGAAAACUGUUUCCCACAUCAUAGCACCUUGUAGUAGAGGGAAAAGAUAACCUGACUUUAUCGUCUCUUUUUGCUUUCUUGUUCACUUAUAGUUCUUUUCAGGUACUUGUCUUUGAUGAUGGCAAUAAUAAGAUGGUUGAGCGGCUUGAGCCCAAAUAUUGUUCUUUUGAGCAAAUUCUUCUCAAGUAUAUGGCAGCUUCAUUUUGCUUUACUAUCUUUUGUCUACUUGAAGGAAGUCUUGUUGUUAAAAUAUUCUUUAUAGUCUCCUAUGUCAACUUCAUUUUCCGUAGUCUUUAUUGGUUUUAUCAAUUUUACACGAUUUUUUUCUUCACAGCGUUUUGCUUUCUGUUGACUAAGAUUGAACGGAAACGUGGUUACUGGUUAGCAUGAUUCAUUGUUGUUUGUUCAUGUCUAUAUCAUGUAUAUACAGUAAAUCAGAAUAUGUCAUAUACAAGCUCAAGGAGAUGGGGAAGGUCUUGGAGAAGGACAUCCUGCAGAUCUGCCAGAAGUUUGACAGACUUGAUGCUGGCAAGAAUCAUCAUUGAGAUGCAAGUGAAGAUAUGGCUAGCUUACAUCCAUGUGAAUCUAAUUAAGAGAUUCACAUGAACAUCAAUCCUUGGUGAGUUUUGUUCCUCUUCCUUGUGCAAAAUGCUGUUUUUGGUCAGAUUGCAGAGAUAAUUGGACAAAGUCUGCUCAGGGUGUCAAUGAUUUUGUACCAAAACCGUCUUUGCAUAAACAAAGUAAAUAAUUUGAUUUUCU